UUUACGUUGUGUUACUCCACCUUGUGCAAUACAAUUCGAUUUUUAACUUGUUACUCAACAACAAACAUGUGUCCAUCUACUUUCAAAGCUUUCUGUUAUUUCUGCUCUCAAGUUGUAAUCAAUUUAAAUACUACUUCAUCAACGAAAUAACUUACUGACUGGUUUCAAUUAUGGCGUUGUAAGAAUCGUACCUGGGCCUACUUGUAUGUAGAACUUUCGGCUAGCCUAGCCCACGAUAACCGAAAAGGGAAACUGACAACGAGAGAUAGUGACGUUCGGAUCGUCCGUGGGGCACGUGAGAUUAGGUUAGAUAGGCCUAGGCAAAUUCUUGUGUGUAAAUCUACCGCCCUGGAAGGAUUGGGCUUAUUUAAACUGUGCAAUACAUUGAGAGUACUAUUAUUAAUAUUGUGAUUUUGAUUAUCAUUGUCAAAGUUAAUAUCCACCCAAAGAGGCCCAGAACUCUUAUUUUGUGAGAUUAUAAGACGAUAGGACUAGGCCCCCUAGGCCUAUAUCAGUGGAAAUAGAAGUUAGUACAAAAACUUUACAAGAAAGAAGAGUAUUAUGUCAAAAACAACUAAACGGAAGCAUGUCACCAGGGAAGUUUUAGAUGACUUUGUGUUGCCAGAAGAAAAUCAACAGAUUGUGAAGAUAUGUGCUGGCAGAGGAAACAACCUACACGAAGUAGUUACCGCCAAGCAGGACAAGUUUCUGGUUAGCAUGCCAAAAAAAUUCCGAAAGAAUGUAUGGAUAAAAAGAGGUGAUUAUGUGAUAGUCGAGCCUAUAGCAGAGGGUGAUAAAGUGAAAGCAGAAAUUGUAAGGAUCCUCUACCCACAACAGGUGAAAUAUAUACAGAAAGAAGGAAAAUGGCCGGAAGAGUUCACAAAGAAAGCAGUGGAAACAGAGGCAAAUUUACUAAGGCAGCAACAGCAAAAAGAAUGUUCAGAUGAUGAAGAGGAUGACGAUGAUGAUUCUGACCUGUUCAUUAAUACUAAUCAUCCAGUUGUCAGUUAUUAUACAGAUAGUUCAUCAGGUGAAGAUGAUUUAGAAGAAGAUGACAAUGAUGAUGAUGAUGGUGGUGAUGAUGAGAGUAGAUAAAUAAAUUGGAAAAUGCAAGGAAGGAGUAUAUGAUUUGUAGAAUUUUCAUUUAAGAUACUGUAAUGUUACUUGGCCCUUUUUAUGGUAGUGAUUCGGCAACUAUGAUAUUCUAUUGAUUUGUAAAGAGAAUAAUAAUAAUACAACUACUGUACAACUAUAAUUUGUUAGUGAGUCUCCUCCUGUAAACACGUGGAAUACCCUAAGACUAGUGUGUGUUCUGGAUGGAGUAGCUAUCCUUUACUAUAAAAUGUAAUCUGUACAUGUCCAACUUUUAUGGAGUGAGGGUCUGAAUUGACUCUAAAUAUUUAUCACAUAAAUUACAGUCCUAAUGGGUGUCUAGAAAACUAAGAUCUAGAAAACUAAGAUAUAAGAUAUCUUAGUUUUCUAGAUCUAGAAAACUAAGAUAUCUUAUGUCUUAGUUUUCUAGACACCCCAGUUCUAAUGGGUUAUUAAACCAUCAUCUUGGAGGGUGUAAUUUUCAGGAUUUGACAUACCAUUUUUGUACUAAUAAAUUAAAAUUCAAUGUUUUCAAUUCUUUGAAUGUUUGCUUUAAAUUGAAAAUAUUUUCUUCACUAAUUAAGAAAUGAAAAAAUAAUUUAUAUUUUGUAUAGUUUCACAGUAUAAAAUCUUUGAAUGAAUGUAAACUGAAUUAUUUAUACCUUUGUCUCUAUGAAUGUUCAUAAAACAUCUUAGUUGUCAUUCUAUCUUAAAUUUAAAGCUAUGUGAUGAGAAAUAAAAAACAAAAUUUGGAAGUUUGCAUGGCAAAGUAAUAAUAUAUUUGAUGCUUGAAAAACUGUUGUUCGUUGAGAACGUUGUAACAUUUCAAUUGAGUGGCUUCAAUCAUCUUCAGAAGAAUACUAUCUUAAGGUUAUGUUCAUUGUUAAAUAUAAAAAAUGUAUUUGAUAAAUACUGUAUUACCUGGAUUGGUAAUGUUAAUGGCACAAAGUCCCAAAAGAAAGUUCUUUCCAGCAUUUAGAAGUAUGAUGUACUGGGUUUGCUUACAAAUUACAAGCAAGGUAGGAUCCACAGGAAAAACAAUUUUUGAUGUUGUUGAGAAACUUGGGAAUGGUUAAUGAGGUACAGAUUUUGGAAUACUGGGGUAAAAGGUGGUAAGAAAGGGUGGUUUCACACCUUUCCCCCUCCCCAGUUUGGUAAAUUUUAGUUUUAUGGUAUUUUAAAAGUUUUUGAAGAUCAGGUUGUACAAUUUUUAUUUAAUAUCAAGGAAAAUUACAUAAGACAACUUGAAUUGGUUAAACAGAAAAAGAAAAUUAUAUAAAACUUGAUUAAAUCUUUAAUUAAAACCAAAACAAUUUAUAAAA